AUAGUGCGUGUUAAAUUUUGUGUAAUGAGCGCAAAAAGACAGAAGAUGGCAGCAGUGCUGCGGAGUUCCGUUUAGACAGCGUCAUGAAGAAGAGGCCAUGUUGCAGGAUUGUAUUAGAAAAAGGCGGUAAAUCCACUUUUGCCGUCAAGCAACUUGAAAGAUGCAGAGAAAACUAAAUAGUUAUUCUGUUUACAAAACAAACAACAAAGAUAUAGAGUGGAUGGAGAUAAUAUUAAAGAAAGCAAUGGGAGGAAAUCAGUGUCUGGGCGCAGGCCGUAGUCAGGAGUGCACAUCAAGACUUGGUCCAGUUCCAGGUCUAUAUUAACCAUCCGAGCCUGGGUCCGUACGGUGAACAGAGAACCUGAGAGGGAGCAAUAACAGAGGAGUAUAUUUGGCUGGAGGGAUAGCCAGGCCAACCAAUGGCAGCACGGAAGCUGGCUCAGGUGCUGCUGGGAUGGGUGACGCUCGGUCUCGCGGCCGCCUUUGUGGCAGGAGGACAUACGGUUGGUGAGCCGAUACAGGCGAGCCGAUUCACCGGAGCUGUGGACCAAAGGGAGGCUCAACGGGUUCGUCGGCGUGGACAGGAGACGCUGAGAGGGCCCAAUGUGUGUGGCUCUCGGUUCCAUUCAUACUGCUGUCCAGGCUGGAAGACUCUGCCUGGAGGGAACCAGUGUAUUGUCCCCAUUUGCAGGAAUUCCUGUGGCGAUGGCUUCUGUUCCAGACCCAACAUGUGUACCUGUUCAAAUGGUCAGCUCUCUCCCAGCUGUGGAGCAGGAGCAGGAGUUCAGUCGUGUAACGUCAGGUGUAUGAAUGGCGGGAGCUGUGCAGAAGACUCCUGCUCCUGUCCUAAGGGCUACACAGGAAACCACUGUGGACAACCUGUGUGUGAGAACGGCUGCCAGAACGGUGGGCGCUGCAUCGGCCCCAACAGAUGUGCCUGCGUCUACGGUUUCACCGGCCCACAGUGUGAACGCGAUUAUCGGACAGGACCAUGCUUCACGCAGGUGAGCAACCAGAUGUGCCAGGGCCAGCUCAGCGGCAUCGUGUGCACCAAGACCCUCUGCUGUGCCACCAUUGGCCGUGCGUGGGGACACCCCUGCGAGCAGUGCCCGGCCCAGCCGCACCCCUGCAGACGUGGCUACAUCCCCAACAUCCGAACUGGCGCUUGCCAAGACGUGGACGAGUGCCAGGCGGUGCCAGGACUCUGUGCGGGAGGUAACUGCAUCAACACUGUCGGCUCGUACGAGUGCAAGUGUCCCGCUGGCCACCGGCAGAGUGAAACCAGCCACAAGUGUGAAGAUAUCGAUGAGUGCAGCACCAUCCCCGGCGUGUGCGACGGAGGAGAGUGCACCAACACGGCCGGCAGCUACGUGUGCACGUGUCCGCGGGGUUUCAUGACCAGCACAGAUGGAUCCAGAUGUGUGGACCAACGUGCUGGUACCUGUUUUUCUGCGCUGGCUAACGGACGCUGUGCAGCAGAGCUGACUGGAAAGUUCACAAAAAUGCAGUGCUGUUGUGACAGUGGCCGCUGCUGGGCUCUAGGACAGAUCCCUGAGAUGUGCCCUGUCAGGGGAUCCGAUGAAUUCCGACGUCUGUGCAUUGUCGGUGUUCCUCAGGGUCACGGCCUCCCUCAAGUUUACCCAAAUGGCUACUUCCCUAAUACCAAUGGUAAUGGCUAUAACCACGGUUUUAAGUUCCCCAGUGGGCCCAAUGGUAACGGCAACGGAGGCACCGGUGGUAACGGGAACGGUGGCAGCUUCGGUCUCAAUGGUGGCCACUUCCCGAACGGACCCAACCAUCAGCAAAUUGGCACCGUUUCUGUGAAUGACACCAUUGAUGUUUGCAAGUUCUUCACCAAUCUUUGCCAAUUUGGACGCUGCAUUCCGACACCCACGAGCUACCGCUGCGAGUGCAACAUGGGCUACCGGCAGGACGUUCGCAGUGAAUGCAUCGAUGUGGAUGAGUGUGUGAGCAACCCUUGCAACAAUGGAGACUGUGUGAACACACCUGGAUCAUAUCACUGCAAGUGUCGCGAGGGCUACCAGGGGACCCCGACCAAACAGGCGUGCAUUGAUAUCGAUGAGUGUAUUGUGAAUGGGGUCAUGUGUCGCAAUGGCCGCUGUGUGAACACGGAAGGAAGUUUCCAGUGUAUCUGCAACGCCGGCUUUGAGCUCACAAGUGAUGGGAAGAACUGUGUUGACCACGACGAAUGUGCGAACACCAACAUGUGUCUCAACGGCAUGUGCAUCAAUGAGGACGGCAGUUUCAAAUGUAUCUGCAAACCCGGCUUCUCUCUGGCAGCUAAUGGUCGCUACUGCACAGACAUCGAUGAGUGUCAAACACCUGGAAUCUGCAUGAACGGCCGCUGCAUUAACUCAGACGGCUCCUUCCGCUGUGAGUGUCCGCCGGGCCUGGCCAUCGGUGUGGACGGCCGAGUCUGUGUGGACACGCACAUGAGGACGACUUGUUAUGGCGCCAUUAAGAUGGGCACGUGUUCCAGACCAUUCCCCGGUGCUGUGACCAAGUCCGAGUGCUGCUGCGCCAGUCCUGACCACGGGUUUGGAGAGCCGUGCCAACCCUGCCCUUCAAGGAACUCAGCUGAGUUCCAGGCUGUGUGCAACAGUGGUAUCGGUAUUACAGCCGACGGCAGAGACAUCAAUGAGUGCGCUCUGGAUCCAGACAUUUGUCAGAACGGCAUUUGUGAGAACCUCAGAGGCAGCUACAGAUGUAUCUGCAACAUUGGCUACGAGUCCGAUACCAGUGGCAAAAAUUGUGUCGACAUCAACGAGUGUCUGGUCAACCGACUGCUGUGCGACAACGGCCUGUGCAGAAACACUCCCGGCUCCUACAGCUGCUCCUGUCCCAAGGGCUACGUCUUCAAACCUGACUCAGAGACAUGUGAAGACAUCAACGAGUGCGAGUCCAGCCCGUGCAUCAACGGCGUGUGUCGCAACGUGGUCGGGUCCUUUAACUGCGAGUGCAGUCAUGGAAGCAAGCUGGACUCCACCAACACCAUCUGCGUGGACAGCAUGAAGAGCACAUGUUGGCUGACCAUCCAGGACAAUCGCUGUGAGGUGAACAUCAACGGGGCCACACUGAAGUCAGAGUGUUGCUCCACACUGGGAGCCGCCUGGGGGAGCCCCUGUGAGCCCUGCGAGAUCGACACUGCAUGUUCUCGUGGAUUUGCUCGCAUGAAGGGAGUCGUCUGUGAAGACAUCAACGAGUGCGAGGUGUUCCCUGGAGUGUGUUCCAACGGCCGCUGCGUUAACACUCAGGGCUCCUUCCGCUGUGAGUGUGCCGCUGGUCUCACGCUGGACAGUACCGGCCGCACAUGCGUGGAUAUGCGCAGUGAGCAGUGCUACAUGAAGUGGCAUGAGGAUGACUGCGGAGAACCGCUGCCAGGAAGAUACCGGGUGGACAUGUGCUGCUGCUCAGUGGGAGCCGCCUGGGGGGUCGACUGCGAGGAGUGUCCCAAACCAGGUUCUACUGAGUACAGAGCUAUUUGUCCCAGAGGCCCAGGGUUCGCCAACAGAGAUAUUCUAACCGGCCGACCGUUCUAUAAAGAUGUGAACGAGUGCAAGGUCUUCCAGAGUCUCUGCACACAUGGCGCAUGCCGAAACACCAUCGGCAGUUUCAAGUGUCGCUGCAACAAUGGCUUUGCUCUGACUGCUGAGGAGAGAAACUGCACUGAUAUUGAUGAGUGCCGAAUCUCCCCGGACUUGUGCGGCCACGGCACCUGCGUCAACACCCCCGGCAGCUUUGAGUGCGAAUGCUUUGAAGGCUACGAGAGUGGAUUCAUGAUGAUGAAGAACUGCAUGGACAUCGACGAGUGUGAGAGGAACCCGCUCUUGUGUCGUGGUGGCACCUGCCUGAACACAGAGGGGAGCUACGAGUGCGAAUGCCCCCCGGGACAUUCGCUCAGCAACGACGGAUCGGCUUGUGAAGAUGUGAACGAGUGCCAGCUGAGCGACAACCUGUGCCGCAACGGUCAGUGCAUCAACAUGCCGGGAACAUACCAGUGCUCCUGUGACACCGGUUACCAGGCAACACCGGAUCGGCAAGGCUGUGUUGAUAUCGACGAGUGCACCAUCAUGAACGGCGGCUGUGAGACUCACUGCACCAACUCGGAAGGCAGCUACGAGUGCAGCUGCAGUGAGGGCUACGCUCUCAUGCCGGACCUCAGAACCUGCUCAGAUAUCGACGAGUGCGAGGAGACCCCUGAUAUUUGUGAUGGAGGCCAGUGUACCAACAUUCCUGGUGAAUAUCGUUGCCUCUGUUACGAUGGCUUCAUGGCAUCCAUGGAUAUGAGGACUUGUAUCGAUGUGAACGAGUGUGAUCUGAACCCAAACAUCUGUCUCCACGGCGACUGUGAGAACACAAAGGGCUCCUUUAUCUGCCACUGUCAGCUGGGAUACUUUGUCAAGAAGGGAUCCACUGGCUGCACAGAUGUCGAUGAGUGUGAGAUCGGAGCUCACAACUGCGACAUGCACGCGGCCUGCAUCAACGUCCCUGGAAGCUUCAAGUGUCGCUGCCGUGACGGUUGGGAGGGAGACGGCAUCAAGUGCAUCGACCAAGAUGAGUGCUUGGCAGAAGACCACAACUGCAACAUCAAUGCAGACUGUGUCAACACACCUGGGUCUUACCGAUGCACAUGCAAGGAAGGGUUCAACGGUGACGGCUUCUCUUGCUCAGAUAUGGACGAGUGUGCGGAUAAUGUGAACCUUUGUGAGAAUGGCCAGUGUCUAAACGCUCCGGGAGGAUACCGCUGCGAGUGUGAGAUGGGCUUCACGCCGACCGAGGACAGCAAGGCCUGCCAAGACAUCGAUGAGUGUAACUUCCAGAACAUCUGUGUGUUUGGAACGUGUCAGAACCUUCCUGGGAUGUUCCGCUGCAUCUGUGAUGAUGGAUACGAGCUGGAUCGCAGUGGAGGAAACUGCACUGACAUCAACGAGUGUGCCGACCCUGUGAAGUGCAUCAAUGGCCUGUGUGUGAACACACCCGGGAGCUACCUGUGCAACUGUCCGGCUGACUUUGAGCACAAUCCCUCUGGUGUGGGUUGUGUUGAUAACCGAGUUGGAAACUGCUUCCUGGACAUUUUGGCCCGUGGUGAUGGCGGGAUCUCCUGCAGCGCAGAGAUUGGCGUCGGCGUCACCAGGGCGUCGUGCUGCUGCUCCUUGGGAGGGGCCUGGGGAAACCCUUGUGAACUUUGCCCCGCCCCCAACUCAACCGAGUAUAAGACCCUUUGUCCAGGAGGAGAAGGAUUUAGACCGAAUCCCAUCACCGUCCUUCUCGAAGAUAUCGAUGAGUGCCAGGAGCUGCCGGGUCUCUGCCAGGGUGGGAACUGCGUGAACACUUUUGGCAGCUUCCAGUGUGAAUGUCCAGCUGGAUACUAUCUCAAUGAGGAGACUCGCAUCUGUGAAGACAUCGAUGAGUGCACAACCCACAUUGGCAUCUGUGGACCUGGAACCUGCUACAACACUCUGGGCAACUACACCUGCGUGUGUCCUCCUGAGUACAUGCAGGUCAACGGUGGAAACAACUGCAUGGACAUGAGGAAAAGUGUGUGUUACCGCAACUUCAACGACACGUGUGAGAACGAGCUGUCCUUCAACAUGACCAAGAAGAUGUGCUGCUGCGCCUACAACGUGGGGAAGGCCUGGAACAAACCGUGCGAGGCCUGUCCGACUCCUGCCACCCCUGAGUACCAGUUGUUGUGUGGUAACCUGGCGCCUGGUUUCAUCAUCGACAUCCACACUGGCAAACCAACCGACAUUGAUGAGUGCAGGGAGAUCCCAGGCAUCUGUGCCAACGGAGUUUGCAUCAACCAAAUCGGAAGCUUCCGCUGUGAAUGUCCCAUGGGCUUCAGCUACAACAACAUUCUGCUCAUUUGUGAAGAUAUUGACGAGUGCAACAGUGGUGACAACCUGUGCCAGCGCAAUGCCAAGUGUAUCAACAUUCCAGGGAGCUACCGCUGCGAGUGUUCACCGGGCUUUGAACUGUCCCCCAGCGGAGCCUGUAUCGAUCGUAACGAGUGUCUGGAGAUUCCAAAUGUCUGCAGCCACGGCGAGUGUAUCGACACACAAGGAAGCUACCGCUGUGUCUGCCACAACGGCUUCAAGGCCACGGGAGACCAGACCAUGUGCAUGGACAUCGACGAGUGUGACCGACAGCCGUGUGGUAACGGGACCUGCAAGAACACAGUGGGCUCGUACAACUGCCUCUGCUUCCCCGGCUUUGAGCUGACUCACAACAACGACUGCAUGGAUAUCGACGAGUGCAGCGCCCUCCAGGGGCAGGUCUGCAGGAACGGGCAGUGCAUCAACGGUGUCGGGUCCUUCCAGUGUCUCUGCCUCGAGGGCUAUGAGAACACUCCAGAUGGGAAGAACUGUGUUGAUAUCAACGAGUGUGUGAGUCUGCCGGGGACCUGCUCACCCGGGACCUGCCAGAAUCUGGAUGGCUCCUUCAGAUGCAUCUGUCCUCCAGGGUAUGAGGUUCAAAAUGAUCAGUGCAUCGAUAUAAACGAGUGUGAGGUGGAACCCAAUAUCUGCCAGUUCGGGACUUGCACCAACACCCCCGGAAGCUUCCAGUGUACCUGCCAGCCUGGAUUCGUACUCUCAGACAACAAGCGGCGCUGCUAUGACACCAGAGAAAGCUUCUGCUUCACCAAAUUCGAGGCAGGAAAAUGUUCUGUCCCGAAGGCUUUCAACCUCACCAAAGCCAAGUGCUGCUGCAUCAAGAUGCUGGGGGAGGGCUGGGGACUCCCGUGUGAACUGUGUCCACGAGAGGGCGAGGCUGCUUUCGACACUCUGUGUCCUUUCGGCCACGGCGCUGUGCCGGGACUUGGAGACGCUCGAGAGGACACGAACGAGUGUCUGGACAACCCUGGAAUCUGUCAGAAUGGAAUCUGCAUCAACACAGAUGGUUCCUUCCGCUGUGAAUGUCCUUUUGGAUACAACCUUGACUACACCGGAGUCAACUGUGUCGAUGCGGAUGAGUGCUCCAUUGGAAACCCGUGUGGAAAUGGAACGUGCACAAACGUCAUCGGCGGGUUUGAGUGCUCAUGCCAGGAAGGUUUCGAACCAGGACCCAUGAUGACCUGUGAAGAUGUCAACGAGUGCUCCAAGAACCCUCUGCUGUGUGCCUUCCGCUGCGUCAACACCUUCGGCUCCUACGAGUGCAUGUGCCCCGCCGGCUACGUGCUGAGAGACGACCAACGCAUGUGCAGAGAUCAGGAUGAGUGUUCUGAGGGUCUGGACGACUGUGAGUCGAAGGGGAUGACAUGCAAGAACCUGAUCGGAACUUUCAUGUGUAUCUGCCCACCUGGCAUGCAGCGGCGCCCCGACGGAGAGGGCUGCAUGGACCUCAACGAGUGUCGUGCCAAGCCUGGCAUCUGCAAGAACGGCCGCUGCGUCAACACGGUAGGAAGCUACCGCUGCGAGUGCAACGACGGCUUCGAGCCAAGCUCCACCGGAACCGAGUGCAUUGACAACAGGAAGGGCUUCUGCUACACUGAGGUCCUGCAGACCAUGUGCCAGCAAUCGUCGACCAACAGAAACAGCGUGACCAAAUCGGAGUGCUGCUGCAACACGGGCCGAGGCUGGGGCUCGCAGUGUGAGCUUUGCCCGCUCCCAGGUACUGUGCAGUACAAGAGGAUGUGCCCACUUGGACCUGGUUACACCACAGACGGCAGAGACAUCAACGAGUGCCAGGUGAUGCCAGAUCUGUGUCGCAACGGUCAGUGCAUCAACACCAUCGGCUCCUUCCGCUGCCACUGUAACAUCGGAUACAAGGCAGACUACACAGCUACAUCGUGCGUGGACAUGGACGAGUGCUCUCUGUCGCCCAAGCCCUGCAAUUUCUUGUGCAAGAACACUGAGGGCAGCUACCUCUGCUCCUGCCCCAGAGGGUACAGCCUGCAGCCCGACGGAAAGACCUGCAAAGAUCUGGACGAGUGCUCCACAAAGCAGCACAACUGUCAGUUCUUGUGCGUCAACACCAUCGGAGGCUUCACUUGCAAGUGUCCUCCCGGAUUCACUCAGCAUCAAACCGCCUGCAUUGACAACAACGAGUGUAUGAGCCAGAACAGUGUGUGCGGCUCCCAGGCCUCCUGUGUCAACACACCCGGAAGCUUCAACUGUGAGUGCUCCAAAGGCUUCUCUCUGGACACCACCGGCCUGGAGUGUGAGGACGUGGACGAGUGCAGCAGCAACCACCGCUGCCAGCACGGCUGUCAGAACAUGAUGGGAGGCUUCCGCUGCGGCUGUCCGCAGGGCUACGUGCAGCACUACCAGUGGAACCAGUGUGUGGACGAGAACGAGUGUCAGUCCGGCUCCAUGUGUGGUUCAGCGUCCUGCUACAACACACUGGGCAGUUACAAGUGCGUGUGUCCCUCCGGCUUUGACUUUGAGCAGUCUGCCGGCGGCUGCCAGGACGUGAACGAGUGCUCCGAGGGCAGCAACCCCUGCAUCUAUGGCUGCUCCAACACUGAUGGAGGAUACCUGUGCGGCUGCCCGGGAGGCUUCUACAGAGCUGGCCAGGGUCACUGCAUCUCAGGCUCAGGCUUCCCGGGUCAGUUCACCCUCGAGGGUGGAGAGGACGAGGACGGUCUGUCUCCUGAGGCCUGCUACGAGUGCAAGAUCAACGGAGGAGGAAAGAACGGAAGGCACCGACGCAACACCGACAGAAACGAUCUGAACGAGGAGCCGGCGGUGAGUCUGGCCAGCGUGGACAUCCAGGACUCCAUCCCCAUGAACGUUUCUCUGGCCUCCCUGCUCAACAAGGAGCCUCUGCUGGAGCUGCUGCCCGCCCUGCAGCCUCUGGAGCAUCACGUCCGCUACGUCAUCACCCACGGCAACGCCAACGAGCACUUCCGCCUGCUGGAGCGUCGCGACGGGAAGAGCGUGUUGCGACUGGGCAAGCGGCCCCCGGCGCCGGGCUCCUACCGCCUGGACAUCGCCAGCCUUCCUCUGUUCGGGCCCCGAAAGCGGCACCAGCUGGAAGAGCAGCAUGACAGUGACUACCUACAGGGUGAAAUAGGAGAUGCUCUGCGCAUCAAGCUCCACAUCCACCUGCACUGAGAUCUGAGUGCGACCCGAAGCUGUCCUGGACUGAUGCCUAAAGCCUGGUUCUUAUUACCCUCCAGUGCCCCGCAGGACUGUCUCCAUCCACGUGGGGUGAUCAGGGCUAUGCAAGACUGAGACAAUCAGCCCAACUACCACUUUGUUACUGUUAACCUUCUAAUAUGAUCAUGUUGUGUGUGAUUUGUUUUGCCCUCAACCCCACCGACAACGCUUCCUCUUGCACCAUCCUUGACUAGCACUCGUCCGUCCACCAGCAGAGAGGUGACCAGAGGUUGGACCACAGCCUCCUGGUAUAUAUAUAUAUAUAUAUAUGCUGGGGGUCGAUGUUGAAUGAAAACGCAGUAACCAAAAUUUGUAUCCAUGAUACCAAAGUUUAUGGACAAAGAUGGCCUUCACGGUGGUCUAAGGUCCCGCUCGCCUCUCUGUUGUGAUCCUCCCAACACUGGGGAAGGAGGCGGUUGUCGCCAUUUUUUUUUGUGCUGUUUGAGAAACAUUAACACGAAGGACUGCGACCUUUUGAGCGUUUCAGGUUCUAGUUUUCUUUUGUCGUCCACAGCUUUUGUUCGAAACUUGCUGAUCGCCUACAAAUAUUCCGGCGUCGAAUUUGAGUGACUGAUCGUAGUACUGCCAGUCUGCGGGGGGAGGCGGCACACAGGUGUUUUUGUGUGCGUCAUUUCCGGUUACCUCAGCACUUCUCACCAGCUGCGAUGCUGAUUUUAAACAGAGGAGGGCGCUAGACUCCCUCAGCAGGGUUGACAUCGGUUAAGCGCCUUGGAGACGUAUCAGGUUCCUACACGUUCUUGUGUUGAUUCUGAGUUGCAGUUCAGUGUUUGUGUCUCAAGUUCAAGAUUCACUUGGUGCUCUUUAGUCAAACUCCUCCUGGUGUGUGGAGGCCGCCUUCACGUCGAGUGUGACCUUACUGCCAUUAGCUCCAUCCACACUUCAGCGAUUCCAUUUUAUAAAGAUAUUUAUUUGGAUCACACAAGCUGCUGCCUAGUGAGUGCUCGCAUUAAUGUGUGUAUUCUGCCUCUCAAUUCAUACAUAAAAACACAGCAGGAAAAGUGGUGGUUCCUCACUGUCUUGGCUUCUUCUUGUUGACAGCUAAAAUCCCCAGGGUGAAGUGGUGCUACACAUUUUGGUGCUGGAUUUGGUGGAAUCUUUGAAUAAGAUUUGAGCACUUCUGAUCCUCCUCUUCACUUGAUCUGCAUUCAAAAAGCUGAGUUGACAAUCGACUUCACACUUCAAUUGGAAACUGGCUGCGUGAUCCUUUCAACUUUCACCUGAAUGAAUGAAAUCAUAGCCGUGUGGAUGCGGACAAACUCACCAGAGGGUGAAGAGGUGUAGCCGAGCAAGUUUUCGAGGUACAACACACGUUGCGAACCACAGGUCGUGCCUUUCGACGGGAGAACAAGAAACCUCAGAGAAGAACAUCAGGUCAUUUCAUUUUCUUUUCUCUCAAAGAGAAAAAGGUGCUAGUUCUUCCAUCUCCUGCGCUGUAGUGCAGUCUUGAAUCUGGAGUGCAAAAAAUGUUUUUUUUUUUUCCUUCUGUUAGGUUUUGUUAUUGUUCAUGUUUGUAUUGUCUCAGUGCUGAAAAACAAUAUUAUCAAACUCGCUUCUUGAAAAUUAAAUUGUAUAUUUUUAAGUGAAAUGUAGUUUUUUUGUUUGUUUGUUUUUGUUUAAUGCCAAAACAAGUAUUCAUGAAAACAUGGUGAGAAGAUUUGUGUUAUCCAAAGACACUGUCCUCAUGGUAGUGAAGCCAAACAACCAAAAAUAAAAGAUGGUUUUUAUGAUCCUCCGUCUCUUUGCCACCAUUAGCUUGUGACGUCAAAACCCUGCUCCAAACAAGUGCCCAAGCUGAAACCAAAGACAGUGACCUUGAGAGAAAAGUUGACUGUUCACACGUUGUAAACUUGUUGUCCACUGAUAUA